GCGCAAUCCUUUAGUCACAUCCCAGCAGAGCGCGGUAUACCGCGAACGACAUCGAUAGUCGAUAGUAAUAAAUGCUCACGUUGUGAUUUUAUUCACAUCGUCUUAUCAAAGUGACGUGGUAUAACAUGAUUGUGUUCAGUAGGUGUUUUCGUAGUUUAGAAGUGUGACAUAAAUCGGUGUUUUGUGCCCCUUUUGUUAACAAACCGUCCCUACCUAGGCUACCAAAGUGGCCUGUGAAAAUUUCCGCAAACUGAAAAUGUAGCUUACAAGGAAAAAUGAAGAAAUCGGAAACGGAAGCAAUUGUGUCGUUAAUAUUUCUUUUAUCAUCUGCUCUGACUUCUGCGGUUUUAACAGGAUAUGAGAAUCGGGAUAUUACGGACGACAACCAGUUCGGAUGCUCUUGGCAAGGAGGGACCAGUCCGGCGCUGAUUUGUAGUUGCAGAGUGGACGCAGAGGAAAUGACAAUAACCAAAAAGUCCAUAUCCUUGUACGACACUGCAGCAAUCGAAAUCAGCGCUUGCAAGAAAGUCCGCUUCACUUCUGAAUCCGUGGCUGACAUGCGCACCCUCAGAAACAUCAAUUUAAAAAAUAUUGAAUCCUUAUACUUCGAAGAACACAGCUUAACCUGGUAUGGAUAUCGUGCUUCAAACUUAUACGACGAGCCGUUCGACUUAAGCAUCCCCUCGCUGAAAAUCACCAUCGAGAAUUCCAACAUCACUCAAAUUUCCGGUUACACGUUCGAGGGACGCAUCAACAGCAUUUACUUCGAUGGGGUGAUUAUCGAAAACGCUGAUCCCUUCGCAUUUAACGCCCUUGAGCAAACCCAAGACAUUACAUGGAGAAACGUGGAAGUAAAGAACGCCCGAGAACAAACCUUCAAGAAGUUUUACACCGAGAACUUGGAGCUGAACAAUGUCCGGACGAAUAUUGUUCCGAGCAGAUACAUACACAACAUAACAGUUUAUAAAACUUUUAAAAUAACAAACUGUGUGUUCGAUACGGUACGUCCGGGUGCUUUUAUCGUUAACAAUCCUAGAACUUUCGAAGUGACAGACACUAAAAUUAACCACUUGGAUGGUGAAGCGUUUAAAGUCAAAACGAAGGGUGACGUCGUUUUUCGGAAUAAUGUAUUUGACGUUAUUAAUGAUGGAGCUUUUCGUGCUAUACUUCUUCACGAGGAUGUACCUCUACGCAAGGCAACUAUCGCCUUCGAUUCAAAUGUGUUUGCAAAAUUAACACGUGAUUCUUUGGGGAUUAAUGCAGAGUUUCGACCGAAAUUUUCAAACUUGUACAUAAAUGAAACCUGUGAUUGUAAAAGUAUUGACCAUAAUAUUAAGGAAGCGGAAUUUUAUUCGGAAAUUAAGUGUAGGUUGGACGGCGAGUUUGUAACGGUUGAAGAAUACAAGUCUAACAUGUGUUCAAUAAUGCAGAGCUAUUCAAAUGUCAUUAUUAUUGUAGUUGUGGUUCUUACGCUAUGCUUUAUAAUUGGAGUAGUGUUAGCAGUGUAUUACAGGCGAGUAUAUCUUAGUAAGAAGUACGGUAGUGAAAAAAACUCGAAGAAAGGCAACAUGAGCCUGAUAGUGCCUGACGGAAGGACAUAUCGAGAGACAGAACUUCAUGUGAUUGUAGAACGUGCUGAUCUCCUAACCACGGAUUUGUAACUUUAUUUUGAGAAAAUCUGUACCGAUAGUUGACAGUAUUCUAACGACUGAUAAGUUAGAUGUUAAUUUAAUUUAAGUAACUUAUUGUACGAAAUUGUGAUUCAAGUAUUAUUUUGUGUAACUAUAGGACGCUUUGUUUCAAACCUUUUGAGCACAACUUGAGGCGUUUUAAGUUUGGAACAAAGACAAGUAUUUCAACAGAUCGUUAGUCACAUUUAUAAAAAUCUGUCAUAAGAUGAACUUUUUGAUGAGUAAUCUAUAUAAACAAUGUACAACCAUAAAAUUGUACAAACAGUGACGCAGUUACCAGUAAUAAAUGUUUUUGUUUA